AAACAGCUAAAGGCUCAGCUAGAGAGCCUUGGAAUGUAGAAUUGCAGUCUUGGGCUUGAACACAAAGGCAGUGUCUCACUUGCACUUUCUUUAUUUCUAACUGAUACUGACAAAUACUUAUUUAAUGGCACAUCUAGUGGAAACAGCAUUGCAGUUACAGGAGCUUCAUGAUUCUAUCUCACUUUCCAGGUCAGAGAGAGUGAUCAGAAGAACAGGGAGGCUGAAGCAAUGGCAGUUGGAUAGAUGUCCACCACUGUGUUCAUCAGUCACACACUCUCUGGAAAACAAGAAGGCUUUGCUGCAUGAGGCAGUAAGGAAAGGAGACCUGGACCAAGUCAAUACCUUGCUAAACUUCGGAAUCGCUGUUAACUGCCAGGACUACAGAGGAUGGUCUCUAUUACACAGCGCUGCUUAUUGUGGAGAUCUAGCUCUAGUGAAAUACCUCUUACAGAAAGGUGCAUCUGUCAACCUCCGCGAUGUCGGCAGUUAUACUCCCAUUCAUCGUGCUGCCUGGAAUGGGCAUGCAGAGUUAAUCGAGUACCUUCUUCAAUGUGGUGCCCUACCAGACACUGUCAAUUACUGCGGAGAAACGCCACUGCAUUUAGCGGCAGCAAAUGGGCACCUGCGUUGUGUUAAAAUACUAAUACAAAACAAGGCUUCAGUCGAUAUCAAAGACAACAAUAAAUGGGCACCAUUACAGUGGUGUUCAAUAAAUGACCAAAUAAAUGUGCUAGACUACUUGGUGUCUCUUGGAGCCUCCUUAGAAGAAAAGGGCACCGCAGGUAUGACCUUGCUACACUUAUCAGCACUGGCUGGAAACCUUCAGGUCGUAAAUUAUUUGUUAAAUAAAAAUGUGGAUAUCAAUGUGAAGGACAAGAAUGGUAUUACAUCGCUUCAUCUAGCUGCAGAAAAUGGGCAUAGUGAGAUUCUAAAGUGUUUGCUCAAGAAAGGGGCCCUAGUGAAUAUAUCAGAUAUAAACCGUCUAACUCCACUUCACCGAGCAGCAGGACGUGGCUAUACAGAGUGUGUGAUCCUAUUAUUGAAACAAGGGGCUGCUGUUAACGACAUGGAUAUUCAGAAGCUAACCCCUUUACACCAUGCUGCCUACAAGGGUCAGAAUGAUACUUCUUCCAUCCUUCUUCAGCUUGGGGCUGACAUUGAUAGCAAAGAGAGGCUGGGAAAGACACCUUUGCAUCUUGCUGUAGAGAGGGGACAUUUUAAUGUAGUUAAAACCCUCAAAGAAUGGGGGGCUGAUCCUUGGGUUAAAACAAAGUGGAAUGAAACUGCAAGAGAUCUGGCUCUGCAAGGCAACCAAAGAGAUAUUCUUAGCUUAGUAGAUAUGAGAGGGAUGAAUUUAUGCUAG